AUGGAAGCAAUAGCCAAAUUAAUUAAAGUUCAACUGCCUAACUAUCUGCAAAAACUUCCAGUUCCUUCUAGUUUAAGUGGAUUCGCAGAACUAAGUCCAAGUGAUGCUAUCGCUGUCGUUUUCCCUUUUGCGGUGGUGAGCUGGCUGAUUGGUUAUAGUACAUAUAAGUUUUUUCAGCCCAAAGCUGUUGAGUUACCUCCUUCACCUAAGGCUAAAGACACGAACUGUGUCAACAAAUGCAUCGAUAAAACCUGCAAGAAAGUGGUCCAUACUGUAGAUAUCGAGGAUGUCGGAGAGAAGUUAGUAUUUUGCAGAUGUUGGAGAUCGAAAAAGUUUCCUUACUGUGAUGGAAGUCAUAAUAAUCACAAUGAACAAGAGCAAGAUAAUGUAGGACCCCUCAUUGUCAAAGGAAAAGCCAACUGA